CUCCAACCUAAAGAGUAAUACAACCCUCAAGAGUCAGGUCUUUCGUUGAAGUCAGAAGAUGGCCACAAUGUCUCAAAAACUGGAAGCCGAGGGUGGUGAUAAUGGCAAUCCUUUUGACGAUGGUGUUUUUGAUGGCGUGAAGAAGAUAUAUGUCGGAAAAGACACAUUUCCCCAAAGUAUUUCUUACAUCAAGAUUGAGUACGAAAAGGACGGAAAGACUGAAAUCCGUGAACACGGGAAGAAGAACGGGAAGCUUAAAGAGUUCACGGUGGUGAAUUAUCCGGAUGAAUAUAUAACGGCUGUUGGUGGAACCUACGAAGAAGAUAUCUUCCAUGGAACAGUGCUGAUCAGAACGUUAUUCUUCAAAACCUCCCAUGGAAUUACCUCUCGCACAUUCGGUCAAAAAAAGUUUAUACCAUCUGGAAUAUCAUCUAUAGUACCAUCUGGAAUACCAGCUGCAAUAUCAGCUAAACUACCAUUUUCAUUAUCAUCUGCUUUACCAUCUGCAAUAUCAUCGGGGGUAAAGUUCAUGCUGGAGAGUAAAAACGGGGGAAAGCUUCUUGGAUUCCAUGGACGCGCUGGUCAUUUUCUUGAUGCCAUUGGACCGCACUUCUUCGCCGUCAAUUAUCCUCUUAUGCACUUUGACCUUGAAGGUGGGAUUGGAGGGAAUGCUUGGGACGAUGGUGCUUUUGAUGGUGUUAGUAAAAUAUUCUUUGGACGAAAUGAUAAGUUUGUGAGUUAUCUUCGUUUUGAGUAUGCCAAAGGCGGAAGAAUGGUACCACAUACUCAUGGGAAGAAAGUAGAUUAUCCAGCUGAGUUUGAGGUGGAUUAUCCUAAUGAACAUAUUACGGUAGUGGAAGGAACCAUCGAUAGGAAGCGCGACGAUGGCAAGCUUACGUCGAUUAAGUUUACUACAUCAAAAGGAAGAACCUCCCCUGAUAUUGGGAAUGUGACUAGUAAUAAAUUUGUUUUCAAAAAGACAGGUUUCAAGCUUGUCGGGUUUUGUGGUCGGUCCGGUAAUGUUAUUUAUGCCCUUGGUGCACAUUUUGCCCCUCUCCCCUCUCCUUCUCCAGCUCCAACUCCAACUCCAGCUCCAGCUCCAGCUCCAUCUCCAGCUCAAGCUCCAGCUCCUUUUGUCCCAACCCGUUCCUCUUCUCACAACAAAAUAGAAGCUGUAGGAGGAAAGGGUGGAGAAACAUUUGAUGACGGUGCUAUUGAUAAUGUAAGAAAAGUUUAUGUUGGUAUGGUAGAUUCCAAUAUAGGUUAUCUCAAGUUCGAAUACGAAAAAGAUGGUAAAAGGGAGAUACGGGAGCACGGAAAGAAGUCAGGGUCAGGAACAGAGGUGUUCGAGGUUCAUAAAGACGAUUACAUCACAUCUGUAAGAGUUUACUACGAGAGACUCGCUGGAGUUAUAAAAUCUCUUACAUUUAAGACGUUCAACGGCAAAACCUCUCCGACCUUUGAAAAGACCAUAUCGGAUAUAGAAAAGACCAAAUGGAAUAUGUUCUUCCUCGAAGGCGGCAAAAUCACCGGAUUCCAUGGAAAUUCCGGCGAUGUUCUUCAUUCUCUCGGAGCUUAUGUUUCUCGUUCUCCUACUCGGAUGUUGCGUGGCAAAUGGAUCCAGCCGUGGCCGAGAAGCGUGUUCGCGCUAGCAGUCGUGGGGAAAUAUAUAAUUAUAUCAGGAGGUGAGAUUGAGAUGGAUCCAGAGGCUCAUGUGGGACCCGGGAAAUUAGACAAUGGGGCUUUUGUGUUGGACACUGAGAGUUUGUUGUGGGAGAAACUUGAGGAAGGUCAUAGUCCGCGUGGAUGGAGUGCAUCCACGACUGCGUCUCUGGAUGGGAAACAAGGUUUGUUGAUGUUUGGAGGGAAGGCUCCGACCAACGGUCGUUAUGAUGACAUCUUUUUCUAUGGCGUAGACUCUGCUUAAGAACGUUUGGUGUUAGUGAGUUUUAAAAGUGUUUUGUUUAUGCUAACUAGUGAGUUCUAAAAGUUGUCGUUUGUUGCAUACGGGGAGGGAUCUGGUUUGUACUUGUGAGACAUAAGAGAUAACUCUUGCUUCUGUUCUUUUAAAAAAUUACAUUUUAUGUGUGUUUAAGAGCUAAGACUCUUGCUUAUGUGUGUUUUUAAGAUGUCUACAUUUUCUGUGUUUUGAUGAGUUAAUAAGAGUAUAAAUGUAGCAUUUGGUUUUUCUACUACUAGGCAUGGAUGUUCGGGUCUUCGGGUCAGGUCUUCUUCCGGUCAGGUCUUCUGGUUGGGUCUUCGGGUUGGUCCAGAUUGUUUCUUUUGGACAGGUUCUUUAUAUUUUGGUUCCGG